GUCUUGAACAUGCAUGAGAGUUAUUGCUCCCUUCUCAAUCCACCUUGCAGCAAUGAGUUCCAAAGCCCUUGUCCAAGUGGACCUCCAAGGCAAGCUGCCGCGAGUAGCAUCGGGCAAGGUCCGAGACCUCUAUGAAAUUGAUAACAAAACGCUGCUGUUCGUCGCGAGCGACAGGAUAUCAGCGUACGAUGUCAUUAUGGAGAAUGGCAUCCCCGAGAAAGGCGCAAUCCUGACCGCUGUUAGCAUAUACUGGUUCAACUACCUGACGUCCAAGAUCCCCGGCCUCCGGACCCAUUUCCUACGCGCCAAGUUACCGGAAGCGCUCGAGUCGCUGCCUGCAGAUGUCAAGGAUACGCUGCGACCGCGCAGCAUGCAGGUGCGGAAACUGGAGGUGUUCAAGGUGGAAUCGAUCGUCCGGGGAUACAUUACGGGCUCUGGAUGGGCCGAGUACCAGAAAUCCGGUACCGUGUGCGGCAUCAAGCUGCCUGCUGGACUUGUCGAGGGUCAGAAACUGGAGAAGCCGCUGUGGACGCCGAGCACCAAGGCAGACUACGGCGAGAAGGACGAGAACAUCAGUCCCGCGCAAGCAGCAGAGAUCCUCGGCGCGGACUUCGCCAGAGAAAUCGAGCGCCUGAGUUUGGAGAUUUACACGGCGGCUGCGCAGCGCGCGGAGGAGGUCGGCAUCAUUCUCGCCGACACGAAGUUUGAGUUUGGCAAGGACGUGGAGAAUGGGGAUAAGGUGGUCCUGAUUGAUGAGGUGUUGACGCCGGAUAGUAGUCGGUUUUGGCCGAAGGAGACGUGGGAGGCGAAUCUGGGCAGGGCGCAGCCGAGCUUUGAUAAGCAGUAUUUGAGGAAUUGGUUGACGGAUAAUGGGUUGAAGGGGAAGGAAGGAGUGACGGUGCCGGAGGAGGUGGUGCUGGAGACAGCGAAGAAGUAUAAGGAGGCAUAUGAGAGGUUGACAGGGCAGAAGUGGAAGGGCUCGUAGAGAGUGGUUGUUUGAAUACCUCCCUCUGCUUUGUACUAUGUGACUUCUAGAUAUCCGUAGACAUUUUCUUUCAAUGUAGGUUGCCUCACAAACAGGGGAAUGAUGUGGCUGACAUGCAUCCUUCAAUGAUCUGCGCUAGUCCCGAUCCGGACC